GACACUGAAAACACUAAAACCACACCUGCUUUCAAACCUAUCCGACACAAGCCCUUGUCCACCUCGUGAUCGUCUGGCGCCACGUCGCCACGCCUAUCCAGCCACGCCUGCCAAUCACCUCGUUCGCCAUCUUUGCACGAUUCCUUCGAUCGCAUUCCUCACAUCGAGAACCGUCGCUCCGCGUCAACUCCACCUAAACCCCAGUUUCUUUUGUCGCCGUUUCCGAAACGACAGACCGUCGCUAAGUAUCGCUCGCGUCGCAUCCAUGGCCCGCCUCUUCGCGCUAUCCCUGCUCGCUCUCAGCUGUGUGCUGCUGUUCGCGUCGCAGGGCGUCGCCACGCGCGUCCCACCGUCGUCGCAGAGCCCUGGCGCGCCCUCGUUCGCGAAGAACAUUCGUCGAAGGCUGUUGGGGUUCAGUCGCUUCAGCUGCGGAAGGUCGGGGCUCAAGGGUUACACCUCCAAGGCCGGCUUGACAUCAGGCCUCACACUUCACUGGAAGGCCACCAAGGGCAAGACAGUGAAAUUGGCGGUGGUGGCGUCCGGAGCCAAGGCAGCGGGGUGGUUCGCCGUGGGUUUCUCGCCCAAUGGCAACAUGGGGGGCAGCAACGUCGUCGGCACUGACGCUUCGGGCAGCCCGGUGACGAAAGAUCUCGUUGGUCAGUCGUCCGCGAAUGACGCGACGUGGACCGUUGGAUCGGGCUCGAUCACCACGGCGGGCAGCAAGGUCACCAUGAAGUUCACGAAGAUGAAGGGCGAUGGGGCAUCCGUGAAAGUGCACUCCCAGAGUGACAACAACAUUGUGUGGGCGUAUGGCGAUGGGGACACCGUCUCCAUGCACAAUGGAGCUGGUGAUGCAUCGAUCAACUUUGCUUGCGGCUGCCCUAUGUUCCAGAGCAAGUGCUAAGCAGUCCGACCUGUACUGCUUCCAGCUGAAACCUGCUGCUGAGCACCUACCAGCAGAUGUACAAAUAUCCUGGUGGUGUGGUAAUUGGGGCUCUCCUAGCUGUUAGAGAUUGCUUGGAAAAUGGUGCUGAGUUUGGGUGGGAGACUGCGCCAUAGGAACCGUCCAUAGUGCUCUUCUGUACGCGCAAGAUGUGAUGCACCUUUGCUGGGUGCAAAUGAGUGAGCACUUUGGACGCACCCUAAGGAGGCUGAUUGUCUAAAUACAGUAUGCAGGGCCUCAGAUUACACUCGCUGGGUGUAUUAUUCCAGUGGAUGUUAUCCCAGCUUCCCCACUAAAAACACCCGGCAAAU